UAAACACAAAUUUGUUACUAUUUAGGGAAAAGACGUUCAGUCUCUCCCCUUUGUCUCUCUGGCUUCCGGCCAGCACGGCGGCGUGCGGCGACCUUUGCAAACCAUAGAGCUGUUGGCCCGCGUGGACCUGGAGGCGGCCAGAGCGCUUAUGGCGGUGAGCACAAUAGACGGCGAUCGUAAUUUGCAAAGGGCGGCAACGGCAGGGACGAAUGCAAUCAACGACAGUGAUGUUCACAGCAUUGUCCUGUCCUAUCUAAUUCAUAAUUGUUUCAAGGAGACAGCACAAACAUUUCUUGCUUGUACUGGGAUGAGCCAACAUGUCGAUUAUCUUGUAGAAAUGGAGAAACGAAAAACAAUUCUCCAUUAUAUAACUGAGGGGAAUGCUCUCAAAGCAACAGAACUAACAGAACAGCUAGUGCCCAACUUGCUGGAGGACAACAAAGAUCUGCAUUUUGAUCUGCUUAGCCUUCACUUUAUUGACCUAGUGCGUUCAAGAAAAAUCAAUGAAGCAUUGGAAUUUGCUCAAACCAAACUCACGCCAUUUGGAAACGUGGCAAAGUACGAUGAGAAGCUGGAAGAUUUUGCCACGCUGUUGACUUACGAGGAGCCUGAGAAAUCUCCAAUAUUUUAUCCUCUAAGCCCAGAGUAUCGAGAAAAUAUCACAGAUAAUCUGAAUAGGGCUAUCCUAGUCCAUGCAAAUCUCCCAAGCUAUUCUUCCAUGGAGAGAUUGAUACAGCAAGCAACUGUGGUUGGACAAUAUCUACAUGAAGAACUCGGCAAGAUAUGGUAUAUGGUAAAGACAGAGCAACAAGCCUUGUUACGGAAGAUCUAUGAUGGCUGCACAAAACAUGACUGAUGUGGAUGCUGGGUUGAUCAUAUCGGAUGACAAUUCACUUGUUAAAAAAGGAGUUGAAGUUGAUUCGAUGUCAAAUCAACAACCUUCUAUUACAUUAAGGGCAUCUCACUCUAAGGAGAAAAAGAAAUCAUCCGUUGACAGAGUUCAAAAAGUUUCGAAGAGGGCAAAGACUUUAGCUGUGCAAAAUGUCGAUUCUGACUUCAAAUUACUCAGUGCUCAGGUUGAGGGAUUUAUGCAAACUAUUACCUCACACUUUGAGUCAAUGUCAUCUUGGGUUCAUAGUAAAUUCUCAAAAAUGCCAUAGGUUCUUGAGAUGUUGGAUAAGUAUUGUUUCGUUGGUAGGAACAAGUACAAGACUGCUUAAGUAAUUUGUGAAGAUCCUGUGAAGGUUGAGUUAUUGUUCAGUUUGGAUCCCUAUGAAGUUGAAGAUUUUAUACUCAGUUGCUUAGAAUAGUAUGUUUGUGAUGUUGUUGGAUUUGAUGAAUAUUUUUUUGCUUUUAUCAUUUUUGAUAUUGUGGUAAAUGUUUUGAUUAUGCAAGACCAUUGACAGAGUUGUUGCCACCAUAUUGCGUUUUUUUUAAUAAAAUGGUUCUGUCCAUGACUCUGUGUGAUUAUUUUUGUAUUUUACUUAUAAGGAUAAAAUGUGAAUUUUAGCUGAUUCUCAUUCCAUAAUUUAAGUCAAACCAAGCAACAUUAAUGGGAAUAAUAUCCAUUCUAGUAUCUAUAUCAAGAACCAUCAAUCCAGUAAUCAUUCCUAUUAUCAUUAACACCUCAAUCAAAACCCAUUAUCAUUCCCAAAUACCAAGCGCCCCCUUAGCUCUACAUCCAUUAACUAGAUUAUGAACUAAGCAUACAUCAUCAUCUACUUAGCUUUACAUCCUUUAACUAGAUUAUUGAUGACAUCAGUUGUUAUAUGAUGUAGAUAAACAUGACACCAUCAUCGUUAAACUAUAGAAGACGUAGAUUAUUAUGCACUUUGUGGAAUAUGUAUGGAAUGCUCAUGGGUUGUUUAGUUGUCUUACUUUAUCAAAUUUCAAUACUUGCAUAUCGUCGAAGAAAGAUUCGUCAAAUAAAAAGUAGGGAGGACAAAUCGAUUGCACGUGUGAAAUUGAUGUUCAACCUUACAAAAGAGAGCGAUGAAAUAAGUAUUAGUGAACUUUAAAUGGAUAGUAGAACAUUCAGGAUAUUGUGUGAUAUGGUUCAAGAUGUUGAAGGUUUAAAAGCCACAAAAAAUGUCACCAUUGAUGAAAUUUUGACCUUAUUUGUCUACGUGUUGGCACAUCAUAAAAAAAAUUGAAUGAUGAGUCUCCUUUUUAAAUGAAGUCGGGAGACAGUGAGUCGUCAUUUCAAUCUAUGUCUUCGAACAAUUUUACAACUGCACAACAUAUUGUUUAAGAAACCUGAAACGAUACGCGAUGACUAUGAAGAAGAUAGAUGGAAACCAGUUAAGGUAAGCAUUUUUUAAUCACCUAUAAUUCUUCAAUAUAUAAUUCUUAUAAUUAAAAAUUAUUAUAGGGUUGUUUAAGUGCUUUAGACGGUACUUUUAUCCAUGUGACACCCCCUAAAGAAGAAAAAUAACGUUAUCACACAAGAAAGGGGAGGAUUGCAAUAAAUGUGUUGGGAGUGUGUUGCCCACAAAUGCAAUUCAUAUAUGUGUUAUCUGGAUGGGAAGGUUCUGCCCAUGAUGGUCGGGUAUUUCGUGAUGUCAUCAGUAGAUCAUCUGGUCUUAAAAUCCCCCAAGGUAAAUAACAAAUACUUUUUAUUUGAAGUUGGAUGACAGAGUUUCAAAUUUCCGGAAUACUUGCAUUUAUUAAUGUAACUAGUGUCCUUGGUUUAGGCGGUUAUUAUUUGGUCGAUGCUAGAUAUUACAACUCAAAUGGAUUUUUGGCACCUUAUCGAGGGCAUAGGUAUCACCUCAAUGAAUGGGAAGGUCGUCGUCCCGAGACAGCCGAAGAAUAUUUUAACAUGAAGCACUCUAGAGCUAGGAAUGUUAUUGAGAGGUGUUUUGGAUUAUUGAAGGGCCGUUGGAAAAUCUUAGCUUCCCCUUCAUUUUUUCCAAUGCAAACCCAAGUUCCUAUUAUCAUUGCUUAUUGUUUGCUUCAUAACUUGAUCCGUAAAUUCAUGAGUCAUGAUCCUCGAGAGUGUAUUCCUGAUGAAGAUGAACAAAGUGAAGAUGAUGAUAGUGAUCGCGGGACUGAAACGGAGUACAUAUGUAUAAUUGCCCCAACUGAUCAGUGGACUACAUUUAGGAAUAAUUUAGCACAACAAAUGUUUAACAAUCGGGAAAAUGAAGUAUUUGAUAUAGAAUGACUUUCAUUGUUGUGAUGUUUGUUCUAUUGUCUAUGCAAUUUUGUGAAAACUUUUAUAUGCACUCCUUAUUUUGAUGUUUGUUCCAUUUUAUUUGUUGCCUAUCAACAAAAAAAAUUAUGUGUCAUUAAUAUUCUUUCAACCAGAUUUGAUAUUCUUGUAAUUUCAUUGUUAUAUUAUAUGUCAUAUUAUGUAACAUUCUUCCCCCUUCAUAUUAUAUUUUAUGUGAUUCUGAUAUGACCUAGAUAGUAGGAUGGAGAGUAAUCCUGAGGAAUCUGUGAGAAAUAAUGUAACACGAGAAAGAGGUAAAAACAAAGUGGAGAGUUGGGCAUUAAUAAGAUGUUUGCAAGAUAUGGCAACCGAUCCUCUUUGGAAAUAUGACGGAGGAUUCAAGAACAACUACAUGGUCGAGAUAAGAAAGAUUAUGAUCCAAAAGCUGACAACUUUCACAAAUUUGUCAGUCAUAUUGAAUCUAGGAUCAAAACCUUAAAGAGGAAAUUCCAUGCUAUAAUGAAAUAUGUAGGCAAAGUGGUUGUACUUGGAAUGAUGUCGAAAAGAAGAUAGCUUGUGAAGAAACAUGGUAUCUUGAAUGGAUUAAGGUACGUGUAUUAGUCAUUAUUUGUUUUUUUUUCAAAUUACAUGCUAUCAAACUUUGUUAAAUUGAUUGUUAUAACUUUCAUUAUUUGUUUUUUUGGACAAAAUCACAAUGACACCAAAAGUCUCUAUAAUAUCAUUCCCUU